GUCAAACUACUGAUGGUGGCUCCGCCCUACCUACCUCCACUUCCGCCAACCGAGCUCCUGAAGAACAUCCCUUGGGUUGGCAAGAACCAGGAGCUCAUUGACCACCUUGAGAGCCGCGCACAGCUCGUGAAUCUGGACUUUGGCAACGAAAUCAUGAACCAGGGCGACACCUCGGACGGAAUCUACGUGGUGGUGUCGGGCAUGUUGAAAGUGGAGUGCCGGGAGCUAGGCCAGCUUCAGGAGGAGAUCCAAAAGACGGGCCUGGUGCCCAACUCGGAGAUCAUGUCGCCGGCGCAUGACACCACGGUGCUGCGCGACUACAUCGGAGCCGGCAACGUCGUGGGCGAGGUGGGCCUGCUAACCGGCCGCUCGCGGGACGCCAGUGUCCAGUGCGAGACCGCCGUCCAGGCCUACUACAUCCCCAACGAGGUGAUGUCCGAGAUGAUGGCGAAGUUCAACGAAGGGCCUGAAAACCUGGAGUACCUAAUAUGGCGCAGCAUUGGAAUGCGGGUGGCCAUCAACGUUCUCAUGGACCAGGCCCAGUACCAGUCAUGGACGCAGCAGAAAAUCAAGCUUUACGUUGAGAAGUGCUUCAUGCCGAAGCUGGACUACAAGAAAACAUUCACGUCCGGUGACCUACUCGACGAUGUCAUACUUAUCCAAGGGCGGGCGAUCAACCCGCAUACCCGAGAGGUGUUCACUGCGCCGGCGUACGUGCCGCGCACGGUGCACCAGCUGGGCUUCCUCACGGACAAGAAGACGGGCGUGCCGGCGUCCCAGGCGCUGCCCAAGAUCGUGGCGUUGCCCAACGCCGACAUGCCGCAGUCGGAGAUCUGGGAGAUGGUCGGCUACGACGCCGACGCCAUCGCCAACAAGGCCAUCUCGACGGCCAGCUGCAACAUGCACAGCGCUCCCGGACGUGCCUCCCGACCGUCGCUCGUCGACUCGCGGCUGUCCCGGGGUGUCUCGAGAACGGGCGACCGUCCCUCCAUGCUCCGGGUGAGCGAAUGAAGCGUGGGCGGCAGCUGCCGUGCUGCGAGCGCGCGCUGAGAGGGGCGUCGGCCCAUGCGUGUGGGCGAGCGUGUUUGUCUUUGGUGUUUUGCGGGACAGCAUGUGCGACUGUCGGUGUGGGGCGAUGGAAGAGUUUAAGCUUGGUCGUCGAUCAGGUUUGUGAUCUUGUCAAGUCUGUUACCUUAAGUGGUGCAUUUCUGUGUGGUUGCGUAUAGCUCUCAGAUGCCUAACUGUUGUAUACUGUGCUGUAGCUGUUGUAACAAAAAGCCAUUGUACGACUGCUUAUGAGUUGAAACAGCUAGAGAAUAUCCUUGCAAAUGGUGGUUACGAUCAUAGAUCUUUAAAAAAAUAUGUAUUUAACCACGAGCUAUAAGAUUUAUGCGAGCAAAAUGCUGAUAACACCACGGCAUUUAUGGUGUAUGCGACGCACUGACCUCUACAGAAUGCAGUUGUACAUUCGCGUACACGACUCAGGCAUUAACGGGGCAGGUGAAAUAUUCGCAGACACUAGGUAGAGCGAACACAUUUGAUCCAGUCAUAAUUUCCGAAGCAGCUUUCAGUAGCUCCACUGGGUGUCCAAUCAUUGGUCAGAAACAUCCAGGAGUCGGUGUUACCGCAUCAUCCAAAUAUGGCAGUUCAGUAGACAUUGUUCUGUUGUUUCGUUACCAACGUGUGCAACUAGAUGAUUUAGAUGCACCGGCUGCGUGCGCCCGCGUACCCGUGUGUGAGCCGUGACCACCGCUGUACAUAACAA